CGAAACUGUGUGUUAGUGUAAACAAUAAUGGCAAGAAACGAGGAAAAGCAGCUUGGUAGACUAAAUCGUUACUACUUAAAAAGACAACACGAUGAUUUCAAAAGAAAAAAUCCUAAGCGACCAAAACUGGAAACAUUACAUAGUGUUGAUGACAUUAAGCAUUGGGUACCAAGCCUGAAGAAAGACAUCGAUUUCUACUUAAAGCAAUCUCAAGUCCCCUGCUAUCCAGAGAGAAAAAUUCAAGAAAUCAAUAAAAAGAUCAACUAUUUAAAACAUGAAUAUGAAGCUUUUGUUCGGAAGCUUGAAAAACUUGAUCCAAGUAUGAAGGAUAUACCAUGGACAGAGAGGUCUUACCAGCCAUGUAGAGCAGUGGAAAAUUCGAGUGCAGAGAACCAACAGCCAAGUAAAUCUACAGUUGUCCCCAGUGACUUUGUGCCUAUAGACACUCCUAUUUUAGAUCAGGAUUUUUCUUUAAAGUACUCUAAUCCAUCAGAGAUCCAAACAGUUAUUCCAGAUUUUCCAGACACCAUGGAUUCACCUCUACAGUUUGUUAUAAAAACAAAUGAAGAAGCAAACAACUGCAACAAAGGCCUCAACCUUCCAUAUUCUGACUCGGAUGAUGAAAAUGGCGAUGAUACAUAAUAGUAAAACUAGUACAUUUAUCAGGCACAUCUCUCAUGUGACUUCCUCGCAACAUUGUGUGAAGUUAAUAUACCAAUACAUGUACAUGUAUAUCAAAGGUUAAAGUUACCAAGAUCCUAGUCCUGUACCAUGUAGAUGAUACAAUUAGUCUUGUCAAACAGCUGCUUGACUGUUAUGUGUUGUUUUUUCAACUAGCGACCUCCUUUCCUGUGAGGAAUCGAUGUCAGUCAAUAAAUGAAGGAAAUAAUUCACCAAGGUUUAGAACAAGAACUGUACAUACUGGCCAAGUAUCAAUUAUUGCUACUUAUUCCAUGUGAUUUUAUGUAUGUAGAACAAGCUGUGUCACAAUAAAGAUUAUAAAAAAUGUAUUAAAUAUCUGAAUCCAAAGUUUUGAAUCCUUUCAAAAGCAUUAUUUUGGAGUUUGGACAUUUUGUGCUAGAUAUAAUCUCCUACACUGUCUACAGAUACUGCAUGUUCAUGCAGGCUUAUACAUCAUCAUAUCACUACUUCACUAUUCACUGCAAUUUCAGAAAGAAAUUGAGGUUGUAGUGUUUCUGGCUUUCAUAAAGAGCAUGUACCAGCAAGGACGUGAAAAUAUGAUAGAAAUUACCAAGGUUCACAAUGCAUAUCUGUUUUUAGCAGAGUUGGAUGGAAGUCAAAAUUGACUUAUAACAUGUAGAAUGAUGUCCUAGCAUCAACAUUUCACUUUCCGUUCAAGAACUGUUUGAGUUUACCAUAGAAACUAUACAUUAUCAAUUUUCAUGAUUAUGGAAAUUGGAAAAAAUAAUAACUUGGCACAAUAAUUGGUAAUGGUUAGAUCCCAAUAUCAUAGCACUUUUAUUUGAGAGCAAUAUAUUCUAUAAUAAACAAUCUUUCUUCCUCUUGCAUUACUGUUUUUAUUUGUAUGAUCAGUUGUGAAAAGUGCACCCUUCAAAAAAAAAAUUCAGUGUUAACUUUACCAUUAAUCUCCACUAAAAAAUUAACAAAUUUUAUUUAUUCUGUCUACUGUUAUGUGUAUGAAGUUCUGUAAUCUUCCAUUUAUAACUCCACUUAUUAUCUGCAUGGCAAUUCCAUGCCUCACUUUUCAUUCAACAUCUUCAACUUCACUUUUGCACCAAUACAUGUGUAUGAUAUCAUCUUCAUCAAUAUCAUGUUUAGCACGAUACAGCCAUGAUGGCAGGAAUUGGUUAUGGAAAGAAUUGGUACUUGUCUAGGAUGCCAAAUUUAAAUAUUUGUCUGAACAGAAAAGUAAAAUCAAUGGACAGGUUUGAAGGCCACUAAAGAAGUAACCAACAAUCCAUAUCUGGCUGUAAAUUGAUUGAUGUAGAUCCGUUACCUAGGGAUUAACCAAACAUAGAUCGAUGUCCAAUCUUGAAAUCAUCCUAGUCUGCUUUGCACCGAAGACACUGGAAACAUGACUUACGGUAUUCAACAUGAUCAAAUUACAUGUAUUUAUGUGCAACAAGAUGGGAGAAAAUGCAACAAACCAGGCCCCUCCGAAUCUCUAGUCAGGUGCUCUCCCACCUGUUACAUUUGGUUCAGGGUGAAUAUAUAUCCCUAGGCUUAAUAGCUACUCUUGACCUUUAACAACUGGACUAGGUUCUGAGGAAGAAGAUAAAAUAAGUUCAUCCUCACUAAUGAGUUUACUGUCUACCUCAAAUGUAACAGGAAGGGAGAAAAUGCAAUGGAUCAGAAAGGGAUUCGAACUUGGUGCCCCCUGAAUCUCUAGUCAGGUACUCUACCAAGCUAACUGACCACUGGUGAUCAAACCCGUCUGACAGCCACAUUUGAAUAAAGCAAAUUGCUUCCAAUGCACGAGAAACAAAAACAUUUUUACAAUUUUAUUGACUAUUAAUGAUAUGCAUUUUUAAAACAGUUCAUACAUAAAUGUAAUUUGUAACAGUGCAUAGCUAGAGAUCCUGAUAGGGUUUUGCAUAUAUAAUUGAAAUUCUUUUUUUUUCUUUGGACACUUCUCUACCAUGUUCCACCAUUUUGUAAAGAAUAAAGUCUGAGGUACGUCAUGCACAACAUUUAAAAAUUAAGUUUAAAAAUGAUCUGAAAUGUAGAAACUACACAACCUGUAAAAUAAAUGCAACAACUGGCAAUAGCCAGUUUUAUGUGAAUUUUCUGAUUCAUUACUUUGGAAUGCCUCUUGUUACAAGUUUCACAACUCUUUUGUAAAUUUCACCAAAAAAAAGUGACAUGGAAUGUUUCAGUAAUUUCCCCAUGCAGUAU